AUGCAUGCUGUAAUGGCGCUGAGUGGAACCCACCUUAGUUAUCAGCAGAAAGACAAUCUUGACGUCCAACUUGCUACCCGGAAUCAUUACUCGUUACUCCUCAAAGGACUUCGGUUGGCGUUCGCGGAGGAAGCGAGACAGCCAUGCACUAAACGAAGCUUGAGGCUUUUAGUCAUUCUUGUAGUUCUCUGCCAUGUUGAGGCGGUUGCGGGUGAGCCUCACGGUGGCAUUUUCCCGCAUCUACGGGCAAGCCGGCAACUGAUCCUCAGCCUCUUGCAGAAGUCUGAUGUCGACAUGGAUGGCGACUCCAGAAGAAUGAAAGGCUUUGUCCUAGAGGUAUACACUUAUCUUGUGCUGGCAAAUAAUAUAACCCCCUAUGGUCGCAACGAGGCUCGAACUCUUCCACUCGAUCCGUUCAUCACUUCAUUUGAAAUGCUAAAAGAAUAUGAGACAUGUGGCCUUUUCUUCAGUUGUGGCUUUGGCCUUUUCGAGACCAUACCAAAGAUCUGCGUCUUCGCCAUGAACCGGCUCGCAGAGGAAGAAGAGUCGAGCAGUUGCAGUGCAAAAAGUCAACGGACAUAUAAUGAGCUUGUAUCGAUCCUGCUCGGAUGGAAAUCCCCACCAGUGGACUUGGAGAUGGUGGAAUUCGAGAGCGCACAUAUCUCUGCCGGUGAAGCAUACCGCCAGUCGCUACUGAUGUUUGUUAAGAGUGCAAUGUGCGGAUCUGUUGUUGACAAUCCCAAAGUCAUAACUGAAAUUCAGGGACAUAUUGAGGUCAUGCAGGAUGCAAUGCCGGUGUUACGCAUCUCCCCGUUCGUUACCGUCAUGCUUUGGCCUCUAAUGAUUAUGGGAUCAUGCCUUGUCUCGCCCCGGGGCCGGGCUGACUUGAUGGCAAUGCUUGAUACAAGUUCAGUGGACCUGAUGCAAGUUGCUCAAGCGGCGAAACUACUGCGGCUUCUCUGGGAGGACACUGACAAGCGGGCUUUUGGCCCUUUUGGCCUCCACCUGGUUAUGCAAAAACACAAUAUCAAUUUUAGUAUGGCUUGA